UAUUCUCUCUCUCUCUCUCUCUCUCUCUCUCUCUAUAUAUCGAACCCUUUCUUUCGUGUACACCUCCAUCUUCACAGAAUCCAAACCCUAAUUGCUCUCGCCGACUCUCUCUCUCUCUCGGUCGCGAUCGUCUUCUUCUUCGUCGUAUUAAUUUCUUCGUCGAUUCAUACCACACAGAUCUGAUCGUGAUCUCUCUUCUGUUCCGUGAUUUUGCAGAGUUUUGAGCGUUCUUGUUUCUCUUAAUCUGAGAUCCCAAUGGCUCGUACGAAGCAAACUGCUCGCAAGUCUACUGGUGGAAAGGCUCCCAGGAAGCAGCUCGCCACCAAGGCUGCAAGGAAAUCAGCCCCAACCACUGGUGGAGUCAAGAAGCCCCAUCGUUACCGCCCUGGGACUGUUGCCCUUCGUGAAAUCCGAAAGUAUCAGAAGAGCACCGAACUUCUUAUUCGCAAGUUACCUUUUCAACGCCUUGUUCGUGAAAUUGCUCAAGACUUCAAGACUGACUUGAGGUUCCAGAGUCAUGCGGUUCUGGCGCUUCAGGAGGCUGCAGAAGCCUACCUGGUGGGUCUGUUUGAGGACACCAACUUGUGCGCUAUCCAUGCCAAAAGGGUUACUAUCAUGCCCAAGGAUAUCCAACUCGCCAGGCGAAUUCGCGGUGAACGUGCUUAAAUGAUGAUCCUUGUUUCACAUUUGUUAUCAAACAACUUGCUUUUAAUAUUAGACACUGAUUCUGUAUUGCAACUUCUUUAUACUGAUUUUAAAACUCGGGCAAUUAUUUGAACACACCUUAUUUCGUUUUCUGUAAAAA